GAGAAAACCAAGUGGGCAGAAAAGGAGAGCAAUCAUGCCAAUGAUUCCUCUGAUCUGUCUUGCUUGUUUGCAUGGCGUGAUAGCAGGGAGGAUGGUGCUGAGGCCUGAGAGGGAUUGCGUGAGGAUAGCCACGACUCUGGCAGCAGUCCUUGUUCUUGCCUUUGCUGGAACAGCACUUCUAAUGCCAGGGUGGCGAUGGGCUAGGCGCCAUGCAUCCCACGACCAUCAUUAUGCUGAGGUCCGGCAGAGCUAUGGGCUGCGGUUCUAUCGGCUAGGGCUGGAGAUGAUUCGCGAGGCGAACUACACAACUCGGUGUGAACGGCGAGGCAUCGAGUCGCCGAUAUGGCAGCAGGAGCUCGAGAGCUGCCACGUGGAGGACAUUGACGACAACAAGGCGUGCGACUGCCGGGCGUCGUACAGCUUCCUUAUCGACCAGAGCACGGCGGAGGGCGACGACAAGGCAGCUCCUAUGUGGCGAGGGUACAGGAGGGCGGGCACCUUUGUCUAUGUCACCAUUGGAGGAGUCCUCUCGGCGCUUGUUAUCGCGGGCAGCAUCUUCUGGGCGGCCGCGUAGGGGUGUGCCUGUGCAGAUCAGUCGCCUUUUCCCUGGGACGCCAUCGGCGCGACUCUCUUCACGGCGGCUUUCUGUCUGCCCAUUGUGACCUUCUUCCGCUGGAAGAGCCUCACCGACUUUAAGAUGUGCUUUGACGAGACGACCGACAGCCUGGAGGGAGCCCGCUGCCCCGCCUCUUUCCCCCCUUACUCGCUGAUCUGCUGGUCGUGUCUUCUCCUGGGUAUAGCGGCGAUUGCACAGUGGGGCUCAGUCGUGGUGGAGAACGAGGCUCUCUGGGACAGUCUGUGGAAAUCUAAGGGCAGUGUGACUGUACCGGCAGUGCCUCCAGCGACCCCGGCUGUGUUGGGCAAGGCGAGCAAUCCACAAGACGGCAGUCGAGAUGACACGACCACGACUGCAUCGAAUGUCUGACCGAUUGCCAGACAGAAGCUAAGAUUCUUUUUUCGUGUGUGUAGUGCAUGUGUGCGCGCCCCGCCGUCCUGCCCUUCUUUCUCCACUAGAUUCGAUGCUGUCUGUCUGUUGUCUGUGUGGGGUAUUGGCGCACUUGAUGUGCUGUAGGAUACCUUCUGCCCUUUGCCAUUCCCUUGCAUUCGGUGAUUUUCGGUUAUUUGUGUUAUGAGUAGUCACUCAGCCAGCCAGCCAGCCUGCCUGCAUCUCUGUGUGUGUGCAGAGCUCUGCUGUGUACACUGCAUGCCUGAGAAGUCAUCCAAGUGAACAGCACAGCGUCCACAGUGAACACAUUCAUCUGAGAAAUC